CUCAUCCUUAGAUCCUUUGCCCGGCUAUGACUAUACUUAGUUCUCCGGCGUAGCCUGCACAACACCCUUUGCUGUACAGUUGACUGGAUUCUUCGUCAGUUUCUUGACCUUCUUCCUUCGUCCUUCCUUCCUCUGCUCCAUCCUCGCCACCCACGCACUCUUGAACGAGCCUGCGACGCCCUCGGCCUCACAGCAACUUUCGGACAAUCUGCCUCAAUCCCCCAGCGGCAGGAGCACUCCUUCCUGCUUGACCUUCACUCUGGCAUCCUCGAGGCCCGUGUUUUUUGAUCAGCGGCCAUUUCCCAGCAUAGCUUGAGCUAGUCCGAGCAUUCUUUCUCCUGCCAUUCCCCAUACAUCAUGGGCAACACUCCCUCCUCACAUGCAGCCCCUCCCCCAUCGUCGUCUACCAACACCGCCUCUGCCUCGGAACGGGAAAGAGCCUCGUCUUCUGCUCAACCCAUCAACCCUUCGACUGCGGGGAGAAUACAGCGCCCUUCAGUCAGCUUCCACUCUGGUCUUACUCCUCCCACGUCUCCACCCUCUCCUCCUCCCCCAUCCACCCCACCCCUCUUGCCCUAUGCAGGCCAUCUCUCGCCACAAAACCCCCACUGUCUCUCCCAUCCUCAGGCACAUGACUACUCCAAAUCUGCCGUCACUAAACUAAUCCUAGACGGCAAACUCGCCCCCUUCUAUCGCGGAUUGGAAGAUUUUGAGGAGGAUUGGACAGAAGAGGACAUCGGUCGUAUACUGACGGAAACGAGAGAGAAAGACUAUGCCGAAGGUGUAGCGAAUAGCUAUACCGAGCGUGCAAAAGAAGAGAGAGAAGGGGGUUCCAGUAUCGGAAACGUGACCAAGAAAAUGGGGAUUCACAAGAGCAAAGAGUUGAGAAGAGAAGGAGAGAAGGAAGAAAGGGAGAGGAGAGAGCGAAGAGCUUAUCUCAACGCUGUAGAGUGUCCUAUUUGUUUCCUUAGCUACCCUCCCAAUAUUAACACUUCUCGAUGCUGCCAACAGCCUGUCUGCACAGAGUGUUUUGUUCAGAUCAAACGCUCUGAGCCCACAAUAACGCAUCUCGAGUCUGAGCCUGCUUGUUGUCCGUUCUGCGUAGAGGCCGAUUUUGGAGUCAUCUAUGAGCGACCUCCUACCCCCAUGUCAAGUCUAUCUAGUACUGCUUUAGCCACUUCGCCGGCCGAAGCGGGUACCCCAAGCUUCGGUCAGGCGUUCAGCGUGGGUUCAGAUGCCGAACUAGCCGUUGGGCCGGGCAUGAACCCCAUCCAAAAGGAGACUAUCAGAAGGAAGAGCGUUAGCUCUAAGGCUAAGGAAGUUGUGACCAUCGAUGAGAUUAGACCUGAUUGGGAACACAAGUUGAACAGUGUCAAAGCUGCAGCGGCUCGGCGAGCGUCAAGGAGGAUUAUCAUGCGUCAAGUCGGAGACAGACUUGUUCCGAUUGGGUAUACUUCGUCGCGGGCCCCUGGUACUGCUGAUUUUAGCAUGUCUGUGCCUCAGAUCCAGAAUAGUGUUCAAAGUGGAGCCGAUGAGAGCGGGUCUAACCCCCGUAGAUCGUCAAGACGACGUGGAUCUAAUAGGGAAAGGGAUAUAGAAGAGCUGAUGAUUAUGGAGGCCAUGCGACUCUCUCUCCUCGAUCACGAAGAGCAUCAGCGAAGGCAAGCUGAUGAUCUUCGCAAUAACUCUACUACUUCCAAUGUUGCUCCGUCCACCCCUCCUUCAGAUGCUCCUGCCAACACCAGCACAGUCGUACAGAGCCCUGGCCCACCUCCUGGUCCUAGCACAGCAGCAGCGUUCGCUGCGACAGCCCCAUCUACAUCAUCGCCCACUGAGUCUCCCCGUCGGCUGUCAGGACAGUCCGACAAGCAAUCAGGCGCUUCUAAACUACUUUCCAAGUUCAGUAAUGUCCGCGCGAGAGCCAACUCAUCGGCGUCAUCAAAAGGACUCGGAAGUGGCGACUUCAAAAACACAUUUGGGAGAACAAGGGACAAUUCCGGUGGUACGCAGACUUUAAGUUCGUCACCGGCUUUGGUUGCCACACAAACAUCUGCUUCCGCGUCUACUUCCAACUCCGCGGGUAGCUCCGCUGCACCUAGUCCGAUUCCCUCAAUCAGCCCCUUGGCUACGACCCAUACCCAACCCCUGAACAAAACAUCUGUUCCUACACAUUCCAGUGGUCUAAGCCUGACGACAUCGGUGCCUGCGGCGCCGAUAACGACACUUGCUAGUCCUGGUGCAUCGGGGCAAAAUACCGGCGAGGCUGAUCUGUUGGGUGGUCCCAGUGCGCCGAUAACACAGGCGGAUGCACCGGUUGGAUUACCUCAUUUAAGCGCCGACAUGCCCACUCUUAUUCCCGAUGCCCCAGGUGACCGUGCAGCCACGGCUUUCACGAGCGUGGUGCUUCCCGAAGGUGAUCCUGGGACUGCUCUUCCAAACUCUGAUACGGCACCGCCUCCAUCAACUCUAUCAGAUUCCUCAGCCCCGACAUCUCGGGUGGGAAUGCACAGAUCACAUUCCUGCAUUACAGAAGUGACCGAGCCAGAGGCGGAAGGAAAUGGCCCAGGAUAUGCCCGUUUAGACACUGAUGAAGAGAGAUAGGAAGUGGCCUACGUUUAGGCGAUGUGGGUAUAUUUGAGCCUGUGGGAGAUGUUGAGGUGGGACUGUUGAGAGGAAAAUUGUUUAUGUGUAUGGUAUGGGAGAGAGGCCCUUGCCAUUUGUGUGGUUCAUUUUCUUGUGCUUUUCGGGAUCUGGUUUGUUUCUCAUAGAUGUGUCCUUUAUAUGUCAUUUGUCUCUUGUUCUGAUAUCUUGCAUUCCAUGAUUGCAACUGUAACAGUAAUAUAGCAAACAAUCGAGUAUAUAUCAGUGGUCAGUGGUAUGCAGAUAUACAUGGUG